CUCGAUUCCUCUCUUCAGUCAAUUUCCACAGCUUCUCUUCUGCUCUCAACGAUGGAGCCACUGCCUGACGACCCCGCAGCAACCCGUGCCUCCCUGAGGGCCAAGUACGAGAAAGCUGUCUCGGACCUCCUCAAGGCACUCCGCUCCGACCCAAAGCUCACGUACUCAAGCAAUCAUCUCACAAAGCUCCGGGUUACCCUUGGAUCCUUCGAUCCUGAGGAUCAAAAUUUUCUCACAUCGAAUACCUGCCUCUUUAAACCUAUGUCUUCUGAGCAGAUCAUGGAGUACUCUCUAGACGUGUCGAAACAAGCUCAAGGCGCUCGCGACUUAUGCAACAAUUAUGACGAGCUGUAUCAAUAUCCCACGGGUGCGAUAGGCCGUCAUCUUUCCGAUAUUAUGGACUACAACACAGAAAUCACUUUCCUUUACCUGAACAGACACUACCAGAGCUCGUAUAAGAAGACCAAGCGCUACCCCGAGUCUCUUGCUAAAACCUCGAAGUGGGGCCAAGUUAGGGAUGGCAACUCAUUCUCAGAUAUCCCAUUGGGACUACUCGGGGGCUAUUCCUUGACUAACCAGAUCCCACCUUGGGCCGUCAGGGCUGAUUACGAGUGGCAAGAUGACUACCGUAGCCCAGAAACGAUUUGCCCGCACAUGAUGCUCGUUAUGUACACUGGUGCAGUUGCUAUCGAAGGAGAACUGCUUUUUUGCGAGCUAGGAUGUAUCGCGCAGGUGAUUCACAAUCGUUUACAACAGAAGGAAUUCGAAAAGACCUCGCUUUUCCCGGUGUUGAUUAUCUCGCUAUUUGGACCGCGACACGGACGUCUCAUCCAGGCUAGAUUUAACAAGUCUGGUAUCUUGAAGGUCAGGGCCUCGCCUAUCUACAGUUUCGUGCGCAAGGACGAGGCGCCUUGGAACCUUUUUCUACGAUACCAUGCCUGUGAGCCUCGCGAUGGGCCAAAUAUAGAGUUUUUUGACGAUGAGGGUGAAUUUGUAUACCCGCAGGCGCUCGAACCAGGUCGGCAAAGACAACUUGCGCUUCGAUUACGGCCUCGACAGCUGAGAGGUUAGCGGAAAAUUAUGAGAGUGUCAUCUUGGGUAUCAAUGGUUUCUUUUAGGGGAUGGAAAAUAUGUAUUCGACCGGAAAUCUAGGUGCUGUCAGCGUAAUUGCUCUGCCGCUUGCUAUUCGCAGGACUCUCUCAUGGUCAAGCUCGUUAAAGCACAUGGUGAUGCUAUCUGGAAUAGGGGUAUCCAGGGAUUUCUGCAAAGAUGGCACAGGUAAUCGUCUUAGAUUAGGGAGAUUUGUUGAUUUCUGCAAUGAAAUCCACCUUGCGUGAU